CAAAUACCUAUGACGUACACAAUAUUUACACAACAUGAAAAAUAUAUUUCCUCAAUUAGCCUUAAUUUCGGACCAUAAGCAUAUUCUUAGCGUUUAUUGCUGUACGACACGCAUUUUUAUGAGAAGCCAUGCACGCAAUAGAAUUGUAUACGUCGACAUGCAAGCAUGUCAUGUUAGCAAAUCCUGAAAAUCCGGAGUCGUUGAGCGAAUUGCGCCGUUUGCUUCCGUGUUUAAGACAAGCGCUUGGUUGUUAUGUGUGCUUUAACGUCUUGGAUAGGCCGAUGGGCCCCAAUCACAACGUGUGCAAACAUUUCGUCUGCCAAAACUGUGUUGGCGGGAAAAUGAGGUUAAAACCGUCGUGCAGCUGGUGUAAGGAUCAAUGGUUAUUUGUACCCAACCCAUUGUUAAAGGUUUUGGUGACUUGUUACAAGAAACUGUGCUACUACAUCCACCUCUCUCAUUUAGGGCUUGUUUUGUGUAAUAGUAAUGCUAAUGGUGAAACCUACAACAUCAAGUCAAUUAUUUUAGAGGGUAUUAACAUCACUGAACGAAAUGAUAAACCUGUUGGUUUCACCUCUGAAAGUUCAUUACGUUGUAGCACAGAGAUAUUGCUAUCCACAAAUACUUACACUACACAGAACUUAUCAGCUGACAACAAUGUUCAAUUGGACACUAAGUCUUUGGAUGUUUUUGAAGAUGCUGACACUUGUACCAUAAACAAAGCCGAUGGUUGUUCUGGAAAACCUGAGGAAAAAUCUGAAACAUUUUUGUUUCUUAAAAAGGCACAGCGGCAAAAAUCUGUAAAAAGGAGUGUUAAAAUCAUGAACAAAAAGUCUAUUAGAAAAACAACAGGCAAAAAAUCUAAGAAAGGAAUAGUCGAAAGGAAAAUGAAAGGAUCGAAAACAACACGGAAGUUAAAACUAAAGGGUGUUCCCAACCUAAUUGAUAAUUUGGAUGACAUUGUACCAGUAUUGACAAAACAGGUGAAAAUACAGCUGGAUCCACCCAGUUUGAAACCACUGAGUUCUUGUAAUUGUGGAAAAUCUGGUAAUUUUAAUCAGCUGACUUGUAUUGGACAAAGGUGCCCCUGCUACAGUAUGAAGCUCCCGUGUCUAGGGACUUGCAAAUGCAAGGGCUGCAGAAACCCGAAGAAAGAGCCUGAUUUCAAGUCAAGCAAUACUUUCAGUUCUGCUGUCCUGAGAUCUGGAACAAGAACAACCACGGACACUCUUGUGUGCUAAUGUUGCUGUUGAUGUUGCCGGUGCAUGUUGUUAAUUGUACAUAUAAAUAAGAUUUUUUUGUAGAAUACAGAUUUCUGUUUGAAAACUUUUAAUAUACGUUAUUAUAUUUUCAUUUCAAUACUGUGUAUUGUUUUGUGCAGUGAAUAAAAGUUCGAAACAUCA